AUGUCGUUCUCCGGUCGUAGACUGAGCAUCCUGCGCCCCUCUGGCGAUCGCCGUGCUUCGGUCAGCAGAGGGCUGUCUGAAAAUGAACAACGCUCCGAAACUCACCGUCAGUUCCGAUCCGCCCACGAAGGUCACCGUCCCCACGCUGGUCUGGAUGCUUCCCGUGCUUCCACUGGUGUUGUCUGGUGUACAGAGCGUGCCAGUGAGCAUGGAUACGCAGAGGAUCCCUCUGGCUGGGCCAACUUAGGUCAGGGUGCUCCUGAGGCCGAUGACGAGAUCGAGGGUAGCUUCCCCCGCCCGACGUCGAUCCCCAUUACCUCCGCUGCACGGGAGUACGGUCCGACCGCCGGUAUCAAGCCUCUGCGUGCAGCGGUGGCUCGUCUGUACAAUGAGCACUACCGUCAAGGAAAGCAGAGUCAAUAUACCUGGGAGAAUGUCUGUAUCGUACCUGGAGGCCGUGCGGGAUUGAUCCGUAUCGCUGCCAUUCUGGGUAACUCGUACCUGUCGUUCCCCAUUCCCGACUACUCUGCUUAUUCAGAGAUGUUGAGUCUGUUCAAGAAUAUUGCCCCCAUUCCUAUCCCGCUGGCUCAAGAAGACCACUACCACAUCCACCCCAACAAGAUCGCCGAGGAAAUUGCUCGUGGUACUCAAGUGCUGCUCACCUCCAACCCUCGUAACCCCACUGGUCACUUCGUCGGGCAUGAGGAGCUGGCCGAAAUCCAGGAUAUCUGCCGUGACCGUGCCACUCUCAUUCUGGACGAGUUCUACGGCGGAUACAACUACACCACCGACUGUGAUGGUUCCACUAUCAGUGGUGCUGAGAACGUCGUUGAUGUCAACAAGGAUGAUGUCCUGUUGAUUGAUGGUUUGACCAAGCGCUUCCGUCUUCCAGGAUGGCGAAUUGCUUGGAUCGUCGGACCUAAGGAGUUCGUCGAUGCGCUCGGCUCCGCCGGUUCCUACCUGGACGGUGGUGCGAACGUUCCCUUCCAAGAAGCCGCCAUUCCCAUGCUGGAGCCAUCCCUCGUGCGCACUGAGAUGAAGGCUCUGCAAUCUCACUUCCGUGAGAAGCGAGACUACGUUAUGAACCGUCUGUACGAGAUUGGUUUCCGAGUCCAGGAUGUGCCCCAGGCCACCUUCUACAUCUGGUUGGACCUGACAUCUAUUGACCCACCCCUCCCUGAGGAGGCUAACAUCUCCGAUGGAUUGAACUUCUUCAAUGCCCUUCUGAGUGAGAAGGUCAUUGUUGUUCCUGGUAUCUUCUUCGAUCUGAACCCGGCUAAGCGUCGUGAUCUGUUCGAUUCCCCUUGCCACCACUUUGUGCGUCUGAGCUACGGCCCCAAGAUGGAUGUUCUGAAGAUGGGUCUUGAUGGUAUUGAGCGUGUGAUUAAGCGUGCUCGUGAGAUGGGACAGAAGAAGCAGUGGGAGGAUGAGGUUGCUGUCUCUGAUGAUUAG